CCCAGGACGGGCAGAAAGACGGUGACCACAGAGCCGGCGGAGCAGAACCAGUCCCGAACAGGAGCCCAAGAGGGAGGACAAGCUCUCUGGACACAGCUGCUACGGACCCCACACACCCCGUUAGCCGAGCGGAUCCUCAAAGCAUGGCGGAUGCCCAGACCCAGAUGGCCCCCACGCCGGCCAUCCCGAUGGCGACUACAGAGGACCUACCCCUCCCUCCACCCCCAGCCCUGGAAGACCUGCCGCCUCCCCCCCCCAAGGAGUCCUUCUCGAAGUUCCACCAGCAGCGCCAGGCCAGCGAGCUGCGCCGUCUCUACAAGCACAUCCACCCCGAGCUCCGCAAGAACCUGGCGGAGGCUGUGGCCGAGGACCUGGCCGAGGUCCUGGGCUCUGAGGAGCCCACCGAGGGGGACGUCCAGUGCAUGCGCUGGAUCUUCGAGAACUGGCGGCUGGAUGCCAUUGGGGACCACGAGCCACCAGCUGCCAAGGAGCCGGUGCCCUGCGGUGAUGUCCAGGCCACCUCCCGCAGGUUUGAAGAUGGCUCCUUGGCCCACAGCGUAGACCGGGAGCCAGCCGCACCCGAGCCACCGCGAGGGGACGUGCGUGCAGCCCGCCAGCUGUUUGAGACCAAGCCCUUGGAUGAGCUGAGAGGCCAGGCCGAGGCCCCGGAGGCCGCCGUGAGGGAGCCCGCCGCCAGCGGCGACGUGCGCGGCACCAGGAUGCUCUUCGAGACGCGGCCGCUGGACCGCCCGGGCUCCCGGCCGUCCAUGCAGGAGCAGAGCCCGCUGGAGCUGCGCUCGGAGAUCCAGGAGCUGAAGGGGGAUGUGAAGAAGACGACGGUCAAGCUGUUCCAGACCGAGCCGCUCUGUGCCAUCCAGGACGCCGAGGGCGCCAUUCACGAAGUCAAAGCCGCGUGCCGGGAAGAGAUUCAAAGCAACGCAGUGCGGUCCGGCCGCUGGCUCUUCGAGACCCAGCCUCUGGACGCCAUCAACCGGGACCCGAGCCAGGUGCGCGUGAUCCGGGGGAUCUCCCUGGAGGAGGGCUCCCGGCCGGAUGUCAGUGCAACUCGCUGGAUCUUCGAGACGCAGCCCCUGGACGCCAUCCGGGAGAUCUUGGUGGACGAGAAAGACUUCCAGCCAUCCCCAGACCUCGUCCCUCCCGGCCCGGAUGUGCAGCAGCAGCGGCAUCUGUUCGAGACCCGAGCGCUGGACACGCUGAAGGGGGAUGAGGAGGCUGGAGUGGACGCCCCAGCCAAGGAGGCAGUGGUCCCCGGUGACGUCCGCUCCACUCUGUGGUUAUUUGAGACCAAGCCCCUGGACGCCCUCGGAGACAGUGUCCAAGUGGGUCAGCUGCAGCGAGUGGAUCCCCAGGGCCAGAGUGUACCCAGCAACGGCUCCUCCCCGCUGUGCCCUGCUCAGAGCGCCCCUCGGAGGGAUGAGGUGAAGGGGGACGUGAAGGCCUUCAAGCACCUUUUCGAGACCCUUCCCCUGGACAGCAUCAAGCAGGACGAGCCUUGUGCCCCUGGGAGCAUGAGCAGGGCAGAUGGAGGGGAUUCUGGGCCGUCCCAGGGUACAGGGUCCUCAGUGUAUGCCAUGCAGGACGGCGAGGGCCACCUCCACGCCCUGACCUCUGUCAGCAGGGAGCAGGUGGUCGGAGGUGACGUCCAAGGCUACCGGUGGAUGUUUGAGACACAGCCCUUGGACCGGCUGGGCCGCAGCCCCAGUACCGUCGAUGUCAUCCGGGGCAUCACGCGACAGGAAGUGGUGGCCGGGGAUGUCGGCACGGCUCGGUGGCUCUUCGAGACCCAGCCCUUGGAGGUGAUCCACCAGCGGGAGCAACAGGAACGGCAGGAGGAAGAGGAGAAGAGCCAGGGAGGCCGCCAGCCUGAGGCACCUCCAAAAGGGGACGUGCAGACCAUCCGCUGGCUGUUCGAGACCUGCCCGAUGAGCGAGCUGGCAGCAGAGAAGCAGGGGUCCGAGGUCACAGACCCCACAGCCCAGGCCGAGGCCCGGUCCUGCACUUGGAUGUUCAAGCCCCAAACCCCAGACAGGCCAGGGGGCUUCAGGGAGCAGCACCUUCAGGUGAGCCAGGUCCAGGCUGGGGAAAGACAGACAGACAGACACGUGUUUGAGACUGAGCCUCUGCAGGCCUCGGACCGCCCGUGCGGGAAACAGCCUGUGCGAUACUGCAGCCGGGUGGAGAUCCCUUCGGGGCAGGUGUCUCGCCAGAAGGAGGUUUUCCAGGCCCUGGAGACAGGCAAGAAGGAAGAGCAGGGGUCCAGGGUGACCCCUGAGCCCAUCCCUGCAGGUUCCGUGCACAAGUUUACCUGGCUUUUUGAGAAUUGCCCCAUGGGCUCCCUGGCAGCUGAGAGUCUCCGAGGGGACAGCCUCCAGGAGGAGCAGUCUGUGGGCCCCUCAGGCAGUGGGACGCUGCAGAGGCAGGACACUGCAGCGGAGGGGACCUUGCGGACUCUGCAUGCCACACCUGGUAUACUGCAUCACAGAGGCAUCCUCAUGGAGGCCCGAGGGCCGGGAGAGCUCUGCCUGGCCAAAUAUGCGCUCCCUGGCCAAGGCCAGGGGGCCCCCUAUGUACAGAAAGAAGAGGUGGUGUCUGGCGAGCUUCCCAGGAUCGUCCGCCAAGUGCUGCACCGGCCAGACGUGGACCAGCAGGGGCUGCUGGUGCAGGAGGACCCGACUGGACAGCUCCGGCUCAAGCCGCUAAGGUUGCCAGCUCUGGGCAACAGUGGAAGCAUUGAGGACAUGGACCCUGAACUCCAGCAGCUGCUGGCUUGCGGACUAGGGGGCUCCGUGGCAAGGACUGGGCUGGUGAUGCAGGAGACAGAGCAGGGCCUGGUGGCCAUGACCGCCUAUUCCCUGCAGCCGCGGCUACCCGGGCGGGCCCCCGGGAGGGGCCGGAGGAGCAGUGUGCAGCUGCUGGCCAGCUGCAUAGAUAAAGGAGAUCUGAACAGCCUGCACAGUCUGCGGUGGGAGCCGCCAGCUGACCCGAGUCCAGGGCCAGCCAGCGAGGGGGCACACAGGCUGCCCCCAACGGAGAGCAUCAUCCACGUGCCCCCUCUGGACCCUGGCAUGGGGGUGCAGCAUCAGAGAGCCACGGGGGCCUCCUCUUGCCCAUCUCAGGCUGCAGCCCCAGCUGGAUUACAGGACUUGAAAAAGCAGGAAGUCGGUCGCACUGGGCAAAAAGGGACAGCCACCUUGGGGAAGGCAGAGCAAGCCGCGGCUAACCCCCCAGAGCCAGCAGCCCCAGACCUCCAGGCCGCCAUGCAGAGUCUGCGCGUGGCAACAGCCGAGGCCCAAAGCCUGCACCAGCAGAUGCUGAGCAAGCACAAACAGGGCCCCAUCCCUGCAGGCCCUUCUAGGCCCCGUCAGGAAGUUCUUCUGCAAGCACCAGCCCCGGCCACUGGGGCUGUCCAGAACACCACCAGGCCUGUAGCAGGAAGUGACCCCAGGAUCCCAGCAGCCCCAAGAAAGCUGCUGUGACUGGACCUGACCUCACGCCUCGAGCCUGCCACGACGAGGCCUCCCUGCAGGACUCUCCCCUUCCUUCC